CACUGCAGCCGCCGCCACGGGACGUCUUCCGCUAAGCCAGCCGCCCCACACCGACAGCAACAACGGAGAUGCAGAGCCACGCCCACGGCCGCAGCAGGGCAGAGGCGGGUCGCCGGCUGGUGGCCACGAGCUUCCUGGUGCUGGUGCUGAGCUCGACGGUGCUCGCGCUGCCACACCCACACCAGCACGCACUGCCAGAGGCACGCAGGUUCGCCGAGAAGUCCAACGUGCUCAAGAAGGUCUCUGUCGACAACAACGAACUCGACGACGUCUCCACCAACUCCGUCCAGCCACAGGAGGGGUUCUCGUGGAGUAACAUGCUGAGCAUGUUCAUGCAGAUGCUGUUCAACCCACAGCAGGGGCCCAACAAGUCCGACAGCAUUGACACUGAGCAGGGAGUGGCUCCUUCACCUUGGGCCAACUUGCUGUCUGUUGGACUCAAGAUCCUUACAGCCAUCCUCGGUGGUGGAAACACUGCCGGAGACGGCAUAGACAAGGUUGACAAUGGCAGCCCCAUGCAGGGCAUCCUCGCAGCCGUGCUGACGGCUCUGUUCGGUUCCCGGGACCCCGACCAAGUUGCGACCAUGGCAAAGCAGGCUGGCGAGUUCAUCAGCAUCGUCGUUAACCUGCUGGAUGCCCUCAAGACAUCCUUCAGCCAGCGUUCGAUGGCAGCCCGCUCCAUCGGCAAGAGAGACUCCAUUUCUGAAGCUGCUGUGGCCGGACUCGCUCUGCUCAAGGGCUACGUGAGGACGCUGAAAACGAGUGACUCGAGCUGCAUGCAGAGGAUGGUGUGCGAGGCCAACCAGGAGUGCUCCGCCGACACCCAGGGAGCCAUCUACUGCCAGCUGGGAACGUACGCAACCAGCUUCAUGCUCGAGAGAUCGAGUGAUACGCCUUUCGAUGCCUUCUACGAUGCUGGCAGAAGAGGAAGGAGUGGAGAGGACUGCCGAGCACUGUUCCUCUCCUGUAACGAAGUCUAGAGAGCCACCUCCACCUCCAGCUGUCGCAACCCCGAGCUGAGCCGCGACGUCCCGCACGGACCGAUACACUGACAGUGACUGUGGACUUACCACUUUACCCGACCGACAUACCCUGACAGCCAAAACGUUAUGCGACUACAGAUGGAGACACAGAACUGAUAAAUGUCUAAAACUACAGAUCUGACAAUGACACCACUGCGUAUAAUGCUUUAAUACAUAGAUGAAAUAGCAGACAGUAUUUAAUGAACUUUGACUGUCUGUAACAGGUGUAGCCAGUUUCCUGCUCGGAGGGAUUUCACUUGCCAUAAAACUCAUUUAUUUAGGUUCAUAAAUUGUCACAGUGGGGUACGAUGAGAGUUGUAAAAGCAGCUGUGGGACUGUGAACAGGUGGAUACAAUAUCUGGCAAUAACAGGUGACUUUUCAGGAAAGAAAUACUUUGGCUUUGUGAUACCUAACUACUCAGUGGGACUAAUUGGGCAGCUCGAAACUGGCAAGGCGAUUGACGAUUCGGGCUCUGACCGGAGGAAUAGGUAUCGAGUCCGGCACUCGGCAGAAUUCAUCACUCCGCUCAGUAAAUACACCAGAUUCUUCUACAUAUACGUAUAUACGUAGACAUAAAUUAUGUCAACACUGCACAUAGAUUUCACGUACUAUCCAAUAUAUUAUAGGCAUUGUAUUGUGGUAGCAAUUACGAAUUAAGACACAGGUGAUAUAUAGUCGAUAAGGUGCGUAACAGUCUGAGACCGCGGUCGUACGUGCUGUCGACUUCCUUCGUAGCUCACGGAAUCGUAGUUCUCGUCACUGAAUAUCCGGGUGAGUUUUUGUCUAUGACAUUACCCCGAGACUGACGACAGUGUACAAGGACAGACUGCACGUCUCAGAUGACUUACAUUAAUCUACCGUAGUGGACAUAUAUUUCUGAAUGUUUUCAGUAUUGUAUUUGCCUGAAUGACUGAGUGUUUGUGCUGUUAUUUAUUGAUAACUUAUUAGAUAGCCCAUUAAGCUGAAAUUUAAGAGCAUCAUUCCAUAAUAGCAUCCAUUUGUUCAACUAUAAUUUCAGUUUCCCAAAGACAGCAUUAUUUAUUUAUUUAUAGAUAUAUACUACAAUUAUUUAUUUAUUAUGAAAUACAAUUAUUGCAUAUGAGAAAUCAUUUACAAAAUUUAUCCAAUGUAUACCGUAAUUUCAGACAGAGUUCUGCUCCAAAGACAAAGGGUCCCAGAAUUCAAAAACUUGACUCAUUAACAAGUACCAUAAACUGUAAUGGUCUACAGUUAGAGAGGACCUAAAAAUGAAUGAUUCUGAAUAAUCUAUGCUGGUGUUGCAGUGAAGCAUUUCCCACUACUGACAAUCAUGGAAUAUUCCAUGUAUGAGAGUGUCAGUACUCAGGAAAAAUGCCGCAUCUUCAGGGCAAGGGCAGUGUGUGACAGGGAGCACAUUAAAAGCUAACCACUGCAGUGAGCACACCAGAAGAACUCCAUAAUCACACAUAUGGACAUAAUUUCUGGAGUAACUGACAGGGCAACUGGAAAUUGUUGCAUUACACCACCCAGCUAAACUCAGUUACUUUUACAUGGUUAACAAAUGUGACCUUUUAUAUUCUCUCAAAGUGAGGAACCACCUAAAUGCUACUGCCCUGGUUCCAACUCACCAAUUACCCUUCUGAUUCACUGUUACACAGCAUGAAGCGAAUAAGAUCUGGAGGAGAGGAGGAACAGACUCAGUUUACAUGUGUACCAAGGAAAAAUAAAACUCUGAAUGACUGGUCGUGUAUGUAUGAGACUGAAAAAGCGCAAAUGUAGUCAUGUAGAA